CGCACUAGUUAUCUCACAAGCUCUUUCGCAUCGUGCACUGAGGAGCAGCAAUGAUGUCGCUUUCAUUAUUACGCCAGAUCUGCCAACAACCUCCUCCACGGAUAGCUUGUCAAUUGGCAUCGGCCUGUUUCUCAACAUCGAGUAGAAAAGCUCAGGACACAGCGUUUGGUUGGGACAAGCUUUUGUCUAGGGUGGUCGAAAACAAGGAAAUCCAUACAUCAAACGAGGAAAGGUGGCUUCAACACUCUGAGAGCUGGUUUGCGCGUUACAGCACGCUUCCUCGCACUCAUUUUACAGGGAGAAGUGUGGCCGUACAUAAUGGAGAUGUUGCAGGAGCAGCGAGGAUGCUCGACAAGAUUCUGGCGCGAAAUAGUGUUGCCAGGGAUUGGUUUACGAAUAGGAGACACAAGCAAAAGGGUGAAUUGAGGAGGCGAAUGAAAAGUAUACGAUGGAGACGGCGUUUCAAACAUGAGGUGGGGGAGAAGGUUCAGUUAGUACAACAAAUUCGCAGACGCGGUGCUUAGGUAGAACAGUUCAUGUGUUUCUCGCCGGUGAUAGGAAGAUUUUAUUUUCACAGAAUU